UGAGUCACCGCCCCUCAGCAGGAAAAGGAGAAUAUAAAAGAGGCGUGGGCCGAGAGGAGAAGAUCACACCACGGCCACAAUGGAGUUCAGCUCACUGGCGUUCUUUGCAAGUUUGUCCUGGUUGUACACGGCCGCCCUGGCUCUGCCGCACAGAGGGGUGUGCCUCCUCCGAGCGGACGAAGGGCCGUGCAGAGCCGACAUUCAGCGGUAUUACUACAACACCAUCACGCAGAAGUGCCAGGUUUUCUACUACGGGGGUUGCCGGGGCAACGCCAACAACUUCAAGACGUAUCAGGAGUGCCAGAAAACUUGUUUCAGGAUACCCAAGAUUCCUCAGAUGUGUCGCUUCCCCAAAGAGGAAGGCCCCUGUCGGGCCCUCUUCAGCAGCUACUUCUUCAACAUGACCAGCAUGCAGUGCGAGAAGUUUUACUACGGCGGCUGCGAGGGCAACGCCAACCGCUUCCCCGACCUCGCCGCCUGCACAGAUUACUGCAGUCCCCGCAAGAGCUUGCCCGUGCUGUGCCUGGGUCCCCUGGACCGAGGCAAGUGCUCGGCCUCCAUGACCCGCUACUACUACAACUCGGCCUCCAGGACGUGCGAGGAGUUCAGCUACUCGGGCUGCGGCGGCAGCAGCAACAACUUCGUGUCCAAGCACAGCUGCAUGGACGUGUGUGUCAAAGGAGCAGGCAGGAGGCAGGCGGCCAAAGGGAAAAUGCGUCGCUUGAGACGGAAUCGGAUCGCCGUCACGCAGGCGUCGUGAACUUGAAAACGGACUGAGACUUUUCUUUGGUCCACAUUUGGAUGAGCGACACAUCUUCUCUUGCAUUCUUUGGAUACUGUGACUACCUAAUGUAUUAUUAUUAUUAUUAUUAUUAUUUCACUGUGACUGCUUUUAUAUAAAUAUCUAUAUUUGAUAAACUA